GCCGUUGACAAAGCUGAUCUCUUCCUGCAAAACGCGAAGGACCGCUUGGUUAACAAUAAGGAGAAGGUUCUCAAGGCGCAGGCGCCGGCGGCGGAGGCAGAGAGCGACAUCGCGAGGCUGGAGAAGGAGCUGGUGCACGCGAAGAAGGAGACCGCCAAGCUUUACGGCGCCACAGCGGGAAGCAUCAACGCUACGCAGCUCAUGACCAAACUCGCAGAAGCCGUCGCCAACGAGCUGGAGCAGGCCACUAUCCCGCCAGAGCAGCCGGCGGCGGCUCAGAAGCCCGCGGCCGCGUCAGGCGCAGGCAGAGGUGCAGAAGGAGGUAACCCUUCAGCAGCGGAGGCGCCAGAGGAGACCGACGAGGCCGAGUUCGACGUCUUCAUGGGCUCGACUGGCCCUGGCACGAGGAAGGCCGAUGCCCCCAACGGGUCUGGCUCGCUGGACGCUGAGGGCGAGAGUGGGCACCAGCUGCGCACCUGCUACGGCCACAAGGUGUGCGUGAGGUGUGGGCAGCAUGCCAAGGAUAUCAAGGGCAAGUAUCGCGGCCUCGGGACGGCUUGCGAGGAGGCCAAGACCAAG